GCAUGCGCAGAGCGAUCUGACAACAAGCUAUCGGAUGUGAGCCUGGCUGUGAUGAUAUGGGCACUGUGCAUGUUUUUAAAUUCAUCGGAUAGCUAAGAGUCAAAUUAUCAAAGCCUCACAUUCAUUUUAUUGCCCGUAUCCACAUAUUGACAUAUAUCUGGUGCAUUCUCAUUAUGCCGAGUAAUAAGCUCGAGAAAUCUGAAAAGCAGGAGGCCAGCGAUAACGUCAAGGUGGUGGUGAGAUGUCGCCCCCUCAACCAGAAGGAGAAGAUGAUGGGUCACAAGCAGGCCGUCGUGGUGGACGAGAUCCGCGGGACCAUCACCGUCAACAAGCUGGAGACCCCCCAGGAGCCUCCCAAGACCUUCACGUUUGACACCGUGUUCGGGCCAGAUAGCAAACAGCUGGAUGUGUACAACCUCACAGCCCGCCCCAUCAUUGACUCAGUCUUAGAGGGUUACAAUGGUACGAUCUUUGCGUAUGGGCAAACUGGCACAGGAAAAACAUUCACCAUGGAGGGCGUGAGAGCUGUGCCAGAACUCAGAGGCAUUAUACCAAACUCCUUUGCUCAUAUAUUUGGUCACAUUGCCAAAGCAGAGGGUGACACCAGGUUCUUGGUUCGUGUUUCAUACCUGGAGAUUUACAAUGAGGAGGUGCGAGACUUGUUGGGAAAGGACCAGCUGCAAAGGCUGGAGGUGAAAGAAAGACCUGAUGUUGGCGUUUAUAUUAAGGAUCUCUCUGGUUAUGUUGUGAACAAUGCUGAUGACAUGGACAGGAUUAUGACACUGGGCCACAAAAACCGUUCUGUUGGUGCCACGAACAUGAAUGAACAUAGUUCCCGGUCUCAUGCCAUCUUCACUAUCACCAUCGAGUGCAGUGAGAAGGGUGUGGAUGGAAACCAACAUGUGCGCAUGGGAAAACUUCAUUUGGUUGAUCUAGCAGGUUCAGAAAGACAGGGUAAGACUGGAGCCACAGGUCAGCGUCUAAAGGAAGCGACGAAGAUCAAUCUCUCUCUUUCCACACUGGGAAAUGUCAUCUCUGCCCUGGUGGAUGGAAAGAGCACACAUGUACCCUACAGAAACUCCAAACUAACCCGGCUGCUGCAAGAUUCUCUUGGAGGAAACUCUAAGACAAUGAUGUGUGCAAAUAUUGGCCCUGCAGACUAUAACUAUGAUGAGACCAUCAGUACUCUGCGCUACGCUAAUAGGGCUAAAAACAUCAAGAACAAAGCCAGGAUCAAUGAGGAUCCUAAGGAUGCCUUGCUGCGCCAGUUUCAGAAGGAGAUAGAGGAGCUGAAGAAGAAACUGGAGGAAGGGGAAGAGAUUUCUGGCUCCGAAGGCAGUGGAUCAGAAGAGAUGGAUGAAGGGGACGAUGAAGGCGGGGAGGCAGGAGAGGGCAGACGGAAACGAAGAGGGAGGAAGAAGAUUUCCCCUGACAAGAUGGUGGAAAUGCAGGCAAAGAUCGAAGAGGAAAGAAAGGCUCUGGAAGCCAAACUGGACAUGGAGGAGGAGGAGAGGAACAAGGCCAGAGCAGAGCUGGAGAAAAGGGAAAAGGACCUGCUUAAAGCUCAGCAAGAGCAUCACCUUCUCCUGGAGAAGCUGUCGGCCUUGGAGAAGAAGGUCAUUGUGGGUGGUGUUGACCUUCUGGCCAAGGCUGAAGAGCAGGAGAAGCUCCUGCAAGAGUCCAACAAUGAACUUGAAGAACGUCGCAGGAGGGCAGAGCAGCUUCGGAAGGAACUGGAAGAGAAAGAGCAAGAACGUCUAGACAUAGAAGAGAAAUACACUAGUCUGCAGGAGGAGGCUCAGGGAAAAACCAAGAAACUGAAGAAAGUAUGGACCAUGCUAAUGGCUGCCAAAUCAGAAAUGGCAGAUCUUCAGCAAGAACAUCACAGAGAAAUUGAGGGCCUCCUGGAGAACAUUCGCCAGCUGAGCCGGGAACUCCGGCUGCAGAUGCUAAUAAUAGACAAUUUUAUUCCCCAGGAAUACCAGGAGAUGAUUGAGAAUUACGUGCACUGGAAUGAAGAUAUUGGAGAAUGGCAGCUGAAAUGUGUGGCGUACACUGGCAACAAUAUGAGAAAACAGACUCCUGCACCAGACAAAAAAGAAAAAGAUCCAUUUGAAGUGGACCUGUCCCAUGUGUAUUUGGCCUACACAGAAGAGAGCAUGAGGCAGUCUUUGAUGAAACUAGAGAGACCCAGAACCUCUAAAAGUAGUAAGAGUGGCAGAGCAAAGACUGGACGAAGGAAAAGAUCUGCAAAGCCGGAUGCUGUGAUCGAAUCCCUUCUGCAGUAAAGACGAUGUAGAGGAGAGCUACUUUUACACUGCAACUUUCAUUUUACUGUAGUAAAAGAAGUCAUUAGUCAAGUCUAAAGAAGUCAUUGUUGAACAUUAUGUACAAGGUUACACUGUACAGGACAAGGAUUUAAUGUGAAGGAGCUGCAAACUGGGAUCACUUGGCCUGAGGACCUGAUGUUUUUAUUAUAUUGGAACACUUCUUAGAGGAAAACAUUUGACCAACAGCAGCUAAACUCUUCCAUAAGCACUACUAUCUUUACAUAGGAGUUCUUCCCUAAAUGCAGUUCACUUGAAAUAUUCAAAUGAUUAGUAGUUUUGAAAAUGACAAAAACUAACGAUUCAAUAGGAUUUUCAGCUGAACUUUUAAACUGCUUUCUGAUUAAAGCUUCUUGCUUCUUUUUCCCUGAGCAUCUACUGUGAGAGACUGAUGUUUAAUAUCUUAUGCUGACAUAAACACAAUCGAAAUAGUAUCGAAAUUAAAGCAAAUUCUUCUUCUGUCAGAACAAACCGACUUGUGUUUGUUCCACUGAACACAAGGACUCGUCACUAUAAACAACAUACAUGAACACUAAUGUAAGUGCGCUUUAUAUUUUUCAUAAUAUUUCAGAAACAUAGGGGUGUGCAUGCCAACCAGCUGUUAGAUGUUACUGCUGUUUGCUAAUCUAAGCAAACCAGCAUUUUAUUUUUCAAUGUAAGGACACUGUUAAUAUUAAGCUGUAUAAUUCAUAUGUAUACCUAGAAUUUGUUAUUGAGUUUUUGUGGCAAUAAUUUAAUGUCAUGAUGUUGUGUAGUAACGUUUUCAUUUGUAUCCUAAAGUUUGUCAAAUGUUUACGUCCACCCAACUUUUGGAUAUUUUAUUUAUUAAAUUAUUUUAUGCAUUCUU